UCUCAUUUCUUUCUACCCAAACAUCUCUUUGUUCAUAAGCUUUCUUGUUCAAUUGCUCCCUCUUUUCAUUUUCUUAGUCCGUUCUUCUGAUUUGUCAACUCUGUUCGUUUUCUCUGUUUUUCUCAGUCAUGGCACCCCCAAAUGAUCCCACAAACUCAAUAUUUGGCGUCCCCGAAACCGACACUAAGAAAAACAGUUUUGAUUUGUCUCAUGGCAAGUUCUCUGUCAAAGGUGUACCAUUGCUUUCUGAAGUUCCAAGCAAUGUCUCUUUCAAACCCUUUUCUUCAAUAUGUAAAUCCUCUGAUGCUCCACUUCCCCUGUUCCAGCGCGUCCAAUCAACAUCCUUCAAUGGUGGAUUUCUCGGAUUUAACAAGGAAGAGGAACCAUCUGAUAGGUUGAUGAACUCAUUAGGCAAGUUCAAUGGGAGGGACUUUCUAAGUAUUUUCAGGUUCAAAACAUGGUGGUCUACCCAGUGGGUAGGGAAUUCUGGGUCAGAUUUACAAAUGGAGACCCAAUGGGUACUCUUAGAUGUCCCUGAAAUAAGGUCCUAUGUCCUAAUUUUACCCACCAUCGAAGGGAAGUUUAGGUCUGCCCUUCAUCCCGGCACUGAUGAUCAUCUCAUGAUUUGCGCCGAAAGCGGUUCCACCCAAGUGAAAGCAUCAUCAUUUGAUGCUAUUGCUUAUGUUCAUGUGUCUGAAAAUCCAUACAACAUAAUGAAAGAAGCUUAUACUGCUCUCAGAGUUCAUCUCAACACUUUCAAGCUCUUGGAAGAGAAAUCAGCCCCACCUAUCGUCGACAAGUUCGGUUGGUGCACGUGGGAUGCAUUCUACUUGUCGGUAGAACCAGCCGGAGUCUGGCUCGGAGUGAAGGAAUUCACCGAUGGAGGAGUGUCACCGAGGUUCAUGAUCAUCGACGAUGGGUGGCAAAGCAUCAAUCUUGAUAGCCAAGACCCACAUAAAGAUGCUAAAAAUCUUGUUCUGGGUGGGACUCAAAUGACUGCUAGGCUUCACAGGUUUGAGGAAUGUGACAAGUUUAGAAACUACAAGGGUGGAUCAUUGUUGGGUCCUAACCCUCCUCCCUUUGAUACCAAGAAGCCAAAGGUGCUGAUUUCUAAAGCAAUUGCGAUCGAGCAAGCUGAGAAGGCUCGAGACAGGGCAGUUCAAUCUGGGGUCACUGACUUGUCCCAAUUCGAGUCAGAGAUUGAGAGAUUGAAGCAGAAAUUGAACCAAAUGUUUUGUGGAAACGAGGUAGAAGUUGGCUGUGGAAGCUGUUGUUGCAAAGCAGAAGCAAAUUAUGGGAUGAAGGCUUUUACAAAUGAUUUGAAAACAAAAUUCAAAGGUUUGGAUGAUGUUUAUGUCUGGCACGCUCUUUGCGGCGCUUGGGGCGGUGUCAGGCCUGGAACAACUCACCUGAAUUCCAAGGUAAUCCCUUGUAAAGUCUCUCCCGGGCUUGAUGGGACGAUGACCGAUCUUGCAGUGGUGAAAAUCAUUGAAGGCGGCAUUGGGCUUGUUCAUCCUGAUCAAGCAGAUGAUUUUUAUGAGUCGAUGCACUCUUACCUUUCGAAAGUUGGAAUUAGUGGAGUUAAAGUGGAUGUUAUUCAUACACUUGAAUAUCUGAGUGAGGAAUAUGGAGGCCGGGUUGAGCUUGCCAAGGCAUACUACAAGGGGCUUUCAAAAUCGCUUUCAAAGAAUUUCAAUGGAACUGGACUCAUUGCUAGUAUGCAACAAUGCAAUGAUUUCUUUUUCCUCGGAACCGAGCAGAUAUCCAUUGGAAGAGUUGGAGAUGAUUUUUGGUUCCAAGAUCCGAAUGGUGACCCGAAUGGGGUGUAUUGGCUACAGGGGGUACAUAUGAUACACUGUGCCUACAACAGCAUGUGGAUGGGUCAGAUCAUACAGCCUGACUGGGAUAUGUUUCAGUCUGAUCAUCUGUGUGCCAAAUUUCAUGCAGGAUCAAGGGCCAUCUGUGGAGGACCAGUGUAUGUGAGUGACUCCUUGGGUGGUCAUGAUUUUGAUCUUCUCAACAAGCUUGUAUUUCCAGAUGGUACCAUUCCCAAGUGCCACCAUUUUGCACUCCCGACAAGAGAUUGCCUCUUCAAGAACCCGCUUUUCGACAACAAAACCGUUCUCAAGAUUUGGAACUUCAACAAGUAUGGAGGAGUGAUUGGUGCAUUCAAUUGCCAAGGAGCUGGAUGGGACUCCAAGGAACAAAGGAUCAAAGGUUACUCACACUGCUACAACCCUAUGUCUGGUUCAGUCCACGUCACCGACAUCGAAUGGGACCAAAAGCUCCAAGCAACCACAAUGGGUGAAGCUGAGGAAUAUGCAGUCUAUCUCAACCAGUCUGAGAAACUAGUCUUAGCAACACCCAACUCUGAUUCAAUUCACAUUACACUCAAACCAUCUUCCUUUGAGAUCUUCAGCUUUGUGCCCAUCAAGAAACUUGUCUUGGCCACCAAAUUUGCACCCAUUGGGCUAACCAACAUGUUCAACAGUGGUGGGACCAUACAGAGCUUGGACUACAGUGCGACCAGUGCGAAAAUUGAAGUUAAGGGAGGUGGGAAUUUCUUGGCUUUCUCAAGUGGGAAACCAAAGAAGUGUUGUUUGAAUGGUGGUGAUGUUGGUUUUGAGUGGUCUGCUGAUGGAAGACUGACCUUGAAUCUUCCUUGGAUUGAAGAGGCCGCUGGCAUUUCUGAACUCAUUUUUCUCUUUUGAAUGUGAGCAUCCUAUCUAUUUAUAUGUGUGUUAAUCUAUUGUGGUGGUGUUAAAUAAACCCAAAUGCAGCAAUGGGAUAAUUUAUUGUUUUAUAUUU